UAUAAUAAUAAUAAAAUAAAAAUUGAAUUCUGUAGCAGCGGCAGUACAGAGAAGAAAGCUAUUGGGAGGGGUCGGUCAUGGCGUCGAGUGCCGACAAAAAUCAUGGGAAAUGAGACCCAUCUCGUCGAACGCUCCUCCAUCGUCUCUGCCGAUCCGUAAAAAAUGGCAGCAGCUGCUUCUGGAGUCUUCACCAGGGUUAAUCAACCUACAGCGUCGUUCCUUCGCACAGCCAAGCUUAAUUGUGGAGGGAAGAAGCAGUUUUUCGUGAAGGCGAAUGCUGGUAAUUCAGAGGCGGAGGGCGGAGGCGUGGUGAUUCGGAGCGAGAAGGAAGGGAUUUGGAAGGACAAGGAUGGAUGGAAGAUUGAUUUCUCCAAGGACAAACCGCCGACGACUUUGCUGGAUACGAUCAACUAUCCAAUCCAUAUGAAGAAUUUGUCACUCAAGGAACUGGAGCAGUUAGCAGCGGAGCUCCGAGCAGAAAUUGUGUACUCUGUUUCGAAAACGGGCGGCCAUUUGAGCUCGAGCUUGGGCGUGGUGGAGUUAACCGUUGCUCUUCAUCAUGUCUUCAAUUGCCCUGAGGAUAAGAUCAUUUGGGAUGUUGGCCAUCAGACCUACGGGCACAAAAUCUUGACUGGGAGACGAUCGAAGAUGCAUACACUUAGGAAGACAUCGGGGCUGGCUGGCUUCCCGAAAAGGGAUGAGAGUGUGUUUGAUGCUUUUGGUGCUGGUCAUAGCUCGACGAGCAUAUCUGCUGGACUUGGGAUGGCGGUGGCGAGGGAUAUACUGGGGAAGAACAACAAUGUUGUAUCCGUGAUCGGAGAUGGUGCGAUGACAGCUGGACAGGCGUAUGAGGCGAUGAACAACGCGGGGUUCUUGGAUACUAACCUAAUCGUCAUCUUGAACGACAACAGACAGGUUUCGUUGCCCACAGCAACGCUCGAUGGCCCUGCCAAACCCGUUGGCGCCCUCAGCAGUGCCUUGACUAAGCUCCAAGCGAGCACGAAGUUCAGACAGCUCCGGGAAGCUGCAAAAAGCAUCACGAAGCAGAUCGGUCCACAGGCACACGAAGUUGCUGCUAAGGUCGACGAAUAUGCGAGAGGGAUGAUUAGCGGUCAGGGUUCGACACUGUUCGAGGAGCUCGGAUUGUAUUACAUUGGUCCGGUGGAUGGACAUAAUAUCACCGAUUUGAUCAAUAUUUUCGAGAAAGUUAAAGCUAUGCCCGCGCCGGGGCCAGUUCUGAUUCAUAUAAUAACCGAGAAGGGGAAGGGAUAUCCUCCCGCCGAGGCAGCAGCCGACAAAAUGCAUGGUGUUGUCAAGUUCGAUCCGGCUACGGGAGGCCAGUUUAAGACCAAGUCCCCGACGCUGUCGUACACUCAGUACUUCGCCGAAGCUCUCAUUAAAGAAGCCGAGGAGGAUCCAAAGAUCGUGGCGAUUCACGCUGCGAUGGGUGGAGGCACUGGUCUGAACUAUUUCCAGAAACGAUUCCCUGAGCGCUGCUUUGAUGUGGGCAUUGCUGAGCAGCAUGGUGUGACGUUUGCUGCUGGAUUGGCCACUGAGGGCCUCAAGCCGUUCUGCGCGAUCUAUUCGUCGUUCCUGCAACGAGGCUACGAUCAGGUUGUUCAUGAUGUGGAUCUUCAGAAGCUGCCUGUCCGCUUCGCAAUGGAUCGAGCUGGUUUGGUCGGGGCUGAUGGCCCGACUCACUGUGGAGCAUUCGACGUUGCAUAUAUGGCAUGUUUGCCGAACAUGGUGGUCAUGGCUCCGGCAGACGAAGCGGAGCUGAUGCACAUGGUUGCGACUGCUGCAACCAUCGACGAUCGCCCUUCCUGCUUCCGGUUCCCUCGCGGAAACGGUGUUGGCGUCGCUCUUCCACCGAACUAUAAAGGAACUCCGCUCGAGAUUGGGAAGGGACGAGUGCUACUUGAAGGCACUCGAGUCGCGCUUCUUGGAUAUGGUUCGAUCAUUCAGGAGUGUUUGGGAGCUGCGGAAAUGCUGAAAUCCUAUGACAUGUCGACGACUGUCGUCGAUGCGCGAUUCUGCAAGCCAUUGGACACGGAUUUAAUCAGACGACUCGCCAAAGAACACGAGGUGCUGAUCACAGUCGAGGAAGGCUCCGUGGGAGGCUUUGGAUCGCACGUCGCGCAUUUCCUCACUCUAAAUGGCCUUUUGGACGGACCCCUCAAGUUGCGCUCUAUGGUGCUGCCGGACCGGUACAUCGACCACGGCGCUCCAGCCGAUCAGCUUGAAGCAGCGGGGCUGUCAGCACGGCACAUUUGUGGGACGGUUUUGGCGCUGGUUGGGAAGACAAUGAGGGCGCUUAAGCUGUAAUUGGGUAGGAAGGCAUGUCUGGAACUGAGGGUUAGCUAUAUGUAUGUCUGUCUGUAUGUAUGUAUGUUUGUGAUGUCUGUGGGAGAGAAGGAAGAAGAAGAAGAAGAAGAUGAAGAAGAAGAAGUUGGUGAGGAAGUUUUGUGAGAAUGUGUAGCAAUGAAGGCAGAGUGUGGGAAGAAGUUUCAUGUGUAUGUGUAGAUAGUUGAUGCCUCUGCUCUCUGUCCUUUUCGGAAAUAAUAAUGACUCUUUUCUAA